AUGCAGCAAAACCAGAAGAUUGCAGUUUUACUCCUUUGUAUCGGUGUUUUGACACUAAAUCACUGUUGUGAGGCUAAACCAGCCGACGAGCGUGCUACGCGUCAGACCAAAGAACCGCACAGCGAUGGCGCAACGCAAGCGGAGGUGAAAACUUUAAGUGGUCCGCUACUGAAUGGCGCAGCACAAGUCUUGACUCAACCACAAGGAUUGGCUGGUUUCGGUGGAGUUGUUGGCCUCAUGCCAUACCCGCGCUAUGGCGGACUUGCUUAUGGCGGCAGUGGUUAUACCGGCGCACCGGGUAUGGGUUUAUUAGGUCUUCCAUUAAGUGGCAGCGCGCCUGGCGUUCCAGCUGGUGCUAAUGGAGCCUUGCCUGGCGUGAACACACUACAGCUGGGAAAUCUUGCUGGUUUGAACUAUCCAGCCACAGGCAACUAUGUGGGCAACAACUUGCCACCUUACCCAUUCAAUGGACCCGAUAUGUACGCCAACUAUAUGUUCGGCGCUUUACCUCAACUGCAAAACAAUUUCGGACCAACGGUAGCCGGCGCCAAUAGCUUGGAUAAUCUCGUGAAUAUGGCCAAUCUCCAAGGUGUUACUGGCAACGGCAAUCAGUUGCCGCCACCAACGCAAACGCCGCUACAAGGACAAGCUUCCCAGCUGCAGCCGCAGCUAAGCGCAGCAUAUCCCUUCCCGUCGGGAAUUUUCGGACAAAUGGGUGGUUAUGGACAGGGUUUCCAAGGCUAUCCACUAUUGUAG